CGUUGUAAAUACUUUGAAGGAUAUAUUGGGUCUUCGUGAACCACUAUAUAAAAGCCAUCGUACAAUUUGCAUUCACGGUCAGUGUUCAACAAGAGGUUUGAAAAUACACACUACACAGCAACAGGCAUUACACACAAUGAUGAUCCAAGUACUUUCAAUUCUGCUGGUGGUUAUAUCCGGCAUCCUUUGCAGUGGAACACAGCAAGGAGUAUCUAGUACUCAAACUGGACAGACAUUGCAAAUUCAGCCCAAUGUAAGAAAGUAUAACAAACACACUGCCACGGAAAAACCUUGUACAACUGCAGGCUCACCGACGGGCACGCGAAAGGACAAACCGGACAACUAUUCAGACUCGCAGGACUACGUGCCCAUCGGCGGCGCGGCCGGUCCCGGAUAUCCUUACCCGUACCCGUAUCCGUAUCAACCGUUGGGCCCUUACCAACCGGUCGGCCCUUACCUGCAGCCAACCGGCCCUGUGCUGGUGCCGAGCGGCAAUCCGUAUCGGCCGCUACAACAGUACCCGUACGAACCGCAAUACGCCGUGGACGGGGCUGCGCCGCCACCACUGCCGCCGUACAACUACGCGCCCUACUACCCCGCCGGGCCGCCGUACGUGGCGGCGCCCCCUCCGUACUACCCGGCCACACCGCAGCCGCUUUACGAACAGCCGACCGUGGUGGACGCGUAUCGCUCGCCGCUGUACCAGCCGCAGCCGGCGGAACAGGCUCAGUUUUUCAGACAGCCCGCCGGAGGUUUGCCGCCGUACUACUCGUCGCCGCACUUCAGAGCCCACGCGUACAACAGACCUGCGCCGGCGUUCCUCCAACAACGGGACGCCGCGUUUCUCCAGCAACGGGACGCCGCAGCCACUCCCGCCACCGCCACCGCGGCCACAGGUACCAACAACGCUGAACCGCAGUACGAACAACAGCAGUCCGGACCGUUCGACGGCAACCAGUUUCAUUACUGACGCGGUCGAUCGCAUCAAAAACGUUUACUACCUGGUAACCGCCGCGCCUCACGAUAGACUUAGUUUGGUUCUAUACAUUAUUCGCAAUACCAUAAACCAUUAUUGAACGUCUGCCGAGUGCAGCGCCGCCGUAUAUAGUAUAGAAUAUCGUCUGAAUACCUAAACAGUAUCAAACUCUCAAUAAUAAUAAUAUAUUAUAUUAUAUUAUAAACUAUAAAUAGUUCGAUUAAAUUAAAAUAUAUUACAGUGUAAGUAGGUAUUAAAGAUGUAUGUGUUUUACAGACAUCAGACGUAUAGAUACUUACACAAUACUCGGAUUAAAGCUGCGUUUGUCUGUAUAAUAAUAUUCAGGACAUCGUAUAUAUUAUUAUAAACGCCGUUUCCUGAGUCAAUAAUAUCGUAUUAUAUUGGUUUAAAAUAUUUUUGUCGGUUCUAUGCCACUGCAUACAACAUUUAGGGGUUAGCAUUCAUACAUAACUAUAAAUAAUGAUAUUUUAUUAAUUAUGUGUUUUACACAGGACAUUGUUAUAAUAAGAAAUUUGCAAUUAUACGUAUUUUAUACAUUCUUAGUGGCGUUUGUAUUUUUGAAAAUACAAACAAUAAUCGUUCAUCGCUGUAUUUUAUAACAAAUAAUUAUUAAUUUAAAUAGUACAAUAUUUGUUUACGUUUAAGACGGUAUCAUACGUGUAAUUUUAAUGUAUUGUGAUUUUAUUUCUCCAAUUAAAAAUAAAAAUACCAUUUACCUACUUAUUA